GCCUGGGGAAUGAAAUGCCCCAGGCUCUGUGAGUGCACAAGGCGCAGGCGCAAAGGGGUGGGGUGGCAGCUGCAUCGGGUAGCAGGCCGUUUUGGCAGCACCAUCCGCAACAGGUGUAGACAGGUCCCACCUGAUUCCACUCUGGAAAGCCCUUUUGAAGAAAUGGCCCUGGUGAGGGGCGGCUGGCUGUGGAGACAGAGCUCCAUCCUCCGCCGCUGGAAGCGGAACUGGUUUGCGCUGUGGCUCGAUGGCACUCUGGGCUACUACCAUGAUGAGACAGCACAGGAUGAGGAAGACCGCGUGCUCAUCCACUUCAACGUCCGUGACAUAAAGGUCGGCCAAGAGUGUCAGGAUGUGCAGCCCCCAGAGGGCCGGAGCCGUGACGGGCUGUUGACUGUGAACCUAAGGGAGGGCUCCAAACUGCAUCUGUGCGCAGAGACCCGGGAUGAUGCCAUAGCAUGGAAGACGGCGCUGCUGGAGGCAAAUGCCACCCCGGCCCCAGCUGGAGUCACCGUCCCACCCAGGAACCGACGGGUUUGCCCCAAGGUCAGGUGCGUGACCCGCUCAUGGAGCCCCUGUAAAGUUGAGAGGCGGAUCUGGGUGCGUGUCUACAGCCCAUACCAGGACUACUACGAGGUGGUGCCCCCCAAUGCCCAUGAGGCCACAUACAUCCGCAGCUACUACGGCCCGCCCUAUGCAGGUCCCGGCGUGACACACGUGGUGGUGCGGGAGGACCCCUGCUACAGCUCGGGCGCCCCGCUGGCCAUGGGCAUGCUGGCUGGGGCUGCCACGGGCGCAGCGCUGGGCUCGCUCAUGUGGUCGCCCUGCUGGUUCUGAACCUUGGGACUCCGGGCUCCGGACUCUGCGCUUCCCGCUACCCUCCCUUACCUGUUGGUCCCCUACCCCACCCCACCCCCGCACCCACUCUGACCCGGUCCUCUCUGUGAGCCUCUGCUGGGCUUGUACCGUCUCUCCUUUUCUCCUACUCGCCUCUCCCAAACCCAGAAGAAGCUAUCAUCUCAGGCGUGAACAUGGCUUGAAAUCCCCACAUCCAGACUCCCCAGAAAUCCCUUAUAGACACAGAUGCAUGUAUUUCCUCCAAACGCACCAGGAGACAGCAAACCACUUCAUUUGGCUUCAAAUUCCCCAGGCUCUGGUGUGACAACGUGAAUAGGGCCCCCUGCUCUCUCCUGGGAAAGCAUCAGGCCCGGUGAGGGGAACAGGAGUAAACAAACACUUAGGUUACCUGUCCUUUGACAAGGCAGGGGAAGGGAGGAGGCAGGUAGGCGGGAGUGCUGCUGUUGGCACAUGCAAAGAACUAAAGGGGAGGCCAUGGGGCGGGGAGGGUGGUCAUGGUGAGCUUCGGGCUAGGAAGCUUGCCAAGUAAAGGGGUGAUGUGAGUUUUUCAUAGAAGUUUCAUGACUGUACCUAUAAUGUGUGUUUUCCUGAUUUGUUAGUACUGAUCCAAAACAUUCAGUUUAGUUCCAUUUUUCCUACUAGCAGAUUCCUAGGCCCCUGUCCCCCAUGACAACAACUGAAUUGAGCCUGAGGACUUCCAGGUGGGGGCAGGUGGGUUCCAGCCUUAGCAAGUUGCCUGCAUCAGGAAAUGCCUUUCUGAUCCCUAGAGCUGUCUAUUGCUGUGACUUUCACCAUUUCCUGCUUUAUGUCUUCCUUAAUUCUGGGGAGAUGGCAGUGUUUCCCUCUAGGACCUGAUCUAAUUGUGUACCAGCCUGGGAAGAUCCCCUGCCAUGUGCCUGCCUGCAAUCUCUCCCCCAGUCCUGUCCCAGUCACCAGUAGAAAUGCUAACACACUUGCCCAGGACCUGUGUCAUCCACUAAAAUUCCCUAGUUGACUGGGACUCUAUUGGCUCAGCUGCAGAGAUUAUUAAUAAAGAUGUGGUUGCCU